AUGGGGGGAAAAAAAGGUGAUGCAAAGCCGGCAAAGAAAGGGGGCGGGAAGGAGUCUUCCGCGCCUGCAAAGAGUGAAGCUAAAGGGAAGGAUGACAAAAAAGGAGGGAAAGAUAAAGGAAAAGAGGACAAGAAAAAGGGAAGGGAUGCCAGGAAGGGAAAGAAGCAAAUAAGCGAAGAGGAAGAAGAGGUUUCUGAGCCAGAGGUUGCUAAAGAGCAAAGCGAAGAGAGCAAAAAUGAGGAAGAGGAGGAAGAAGAUAUUCAACCAGCAAGAGCUAGGAGAGGUAGAGACAAGGGUGUGGCGGCCUUAAAAGGGGCUUCUAAAGCAAUGGCUGGCAUGAACAAGGGUAUGGCAAAAGGAGCAGUUGGUGCUGCCAUGGAUCUCAAAGCUAAGGAGCAGAAGAAGGAUUUAACAAGGGCUCAGCUAAAGGGGGCGACAAAAGCCAUGGCGGGGCUGGCCAAAAAACCACCUCCACCAGCCAAGAAGAAGAGGAGUUUAAAGGCCACCUCAAAAAUGUUUAUGAAAUUUAGCAAACUUAAGCCAAAGAGAUCCAAAAAAGGGCAUUUCAAAGUGGCCUCAAAGCUCUUCAUGGGAUUCAGAAAAAAAUUUGCUGCCUCAUCGAUGUUAGAUAAGAAAAAAAAGUCUGCAGCGAUGCUGAAAAAUACAUCAAAGCUCAUGUUGGGUUUAAAGAGAUCGUCAAAAAAGCAACUGCCAAAACCACCCGAUAGUUCAAAGCCGAGGCCUUCCUUUUUGCUUAUCAGAUUGGGGGGCAAUGCUCCAAAACCUGAGCAAGAAAAAAAAGUCCCAAAUAAACUGUUUGGAGGCCUUUUUAAUAGGAAAAAGGCUAAACUAAAGUUCAAACCUAGAGCUAAAGUGCUUACUAAAGUUUCUGCAGCUGCCAGUUGGCUGACCAAAAGGUUUCUGUCUAAAAAAAACAAAUAUUUCCAAAAUGAAAGAGCCAUACAGGAUGCUUGGCUGACUAGGAUGGGUGCCCAGAAAUUGCCUUUUCCUUCAGAGGAAGAGCUUCAAAAAUACAGGAUGAAUAUAAAACGGUUCCCUGGUGGUCACAGGUUCUAUGGCCAAAAUGAGGAUGUGUAUGGUCAUCCUAAGGACUUUGAAGCCUACCGUCACCAGCGAUUUCCUACUCAAAGAUAUGUGCAAGGUGGACAAGGGACCAGGUAUGAUGACCCAUCAGUUGGCUAUUAUGACUACCAAGAUGAAGAGGGUGGGUUUGAUAAUUAUGGCUAUCCUAAUGAGGAAUAUGACUAUCCCUAUGACCAAAAUGGACAAGAUUUCCCAUAUGGUGGAACAGAGGAGGAUUAUGAUAAUUAUUCUGGGUACCCUAUGGAAGAAGAUUAUACUUCUUAUCACGAGAACAUGGAAUAUUGCGAUGAGGAGAGUCAUCUCCUUAAAAGUCAGAAUAAUUAUUUUGAUUAUGAGGUUGAAGUCCAUCAUCCACAGAAUGCCUAUUCGUCUUAUGGCUAUGAAGAAAGUGAAAUUGAUUAUUCAGGGGAUGCACUGAAUCCAUAUGACCAAAGUGAAAAUGAGGAUGACUCAUAUGGUUAUUUUACUGGGCAAGAUCCAUAUUCUGAAAUGGAGGAAACAGAUCAUUACAAUGCAUAUGGUACAAUGGGUCCAGGUACCUACAGUAGAUCCCCUUAUGCAGAACCUGUAAACCCCUAUGCUCACCCCUUGGAUGAUAUAAUGGAAAAUGAGGACUUAGGGGACAUGGCAGAACACAGUGACCAAUUUGAUGGUCAGCAUAUAGAAGAAGAUUCCGCAAUUUUUUCCCGAAACAGGAAAUAUAAAUUGUUUCCAAGACCUCAGGUAAAACUCUUUGGCCGAGAGAGACUGGACGUUUCAUUGCCACCAUCUCCUCAUAUAUCGUUUACAGAUUUUGAUGAAGAGGAAGAAGGUGAAGAUGAGCCUUUGUUGGGAUCUCAGCAGUGGGAAACAAGGCAACCUGUUACAAAAUCCCUUUUUACAAAGUCAGCUCAAAGAAGCUUUGGCCAGCAGCAUGCAAGAGGUGUUCAAAAGCUGCUUUCAACAAAACCAAUAGGAAGAAAAUGGAAUCCUCCUCAAGACCAUUACCAAGAUUCAGGUUCUCAAGAUUACUCCCCUAGAGCAUUUGGUAGUCCAUUAGGACAGUUUAUGAAAAGGACACUCUCCCCUAAGCCAAUCUUAAAGCGCAAUGAUAGUCAAUCACAAAGGUAUCCUGUUUCCCCACCACCCAGAAGUCAAUUUUCAGAAACUUCCUUUGCCAGAGCACCCUCCCCACAACUACCUGUAAAACACGUUAGAAUCCCUAGCCCCAACGAUGGUCACCACAAUGCUGGCAAACCUAAUGCACGGCAACUAGAGGCCUUGCAAAAAGAUCUAGAAAAUGAGAGGCACUCCCCCUUACCUUACCAUAAACGAUUUGGUCAUAAGUUGACUGGAAUGGAAACAUCAAAUGUCCCAAGAAAAACUGGGUUGGUAACAUCUAACAACAACAGCAAUAACACAAACUCUUCUUUACAGCAGUCUGAAUCAAAAUUUCCUCCAUCACCACACAUGCAUCCAAGAUUUAAUAAGCAACCACAAGAUGUCACCAUGCCUCCAUCACCAAAUCUUUCAACACGACAGAGGCCAGUUUCUCCAAAGCCUUCUAUGAAUGCAUUUGGCCUGAACAAGUCCAAUAUUUAUGGCCAAAAUCAGCCUGCACCACUCCAGCCAGGUUCUUCGUUUAGACAGAGAGAUCAUUCACCUUCACCUCAAAUGAACAAAAAUAAUUUUCAAAGACCUCCUUCACCAACAAGAACAACACAUUGGGCUUCAAACUCUACUAUCCCAACAACAUCUCCUGUAGGAACAUUCAGCAACACAAGUGCUGCAUCCCCAUCAUCACCUUCUUCCCUUAGACGGGGAAACAGCUUUAGAAAUGACCAUGGCCAACUUCUAAGCACUCAGCCAUCCAUUAAACCUAGGGUUGGUUCGAACACUUUGCAGGUCCAAGGAAUGAGGAGCAGAGAAGAUAUCCAAACCCAUUCCAGCACAACAUCUCCCAGAUCAAGUCCACUUCUCCAAAGGUUUGGCAGCAUCAGAAAUAAAGAGUUUCAGUCACCACCUUCACCACAGCCAAUGCAGAUGUCUGCUCACAGUUCCAAAUUUAAUACUGAAAACCAAGUAGCCGACCAGAGGUCUCCUGUAGUUGGGAGAAGACAAAUAAAUAACACCCAAAACUGGGGAAAUAAUGAGGAGACAACAAAAGGGGCACCUAAAAGUUCAGUAAUGAAUCCUUUUAUGAAACAUCUUAGGCGCACCGGUGAGAUGAAACCGCUAAAUUCACAUUCACCAAGAGGGUCAAUGGCAGAUAGGUCACCAUAUAGGGAUGACAACAUUAAUCCUCCACAGCAAAUGUCCCAAAGAAAAGGAAAUAUGUAUGGAGCAGUCGGUGCCCAAUCUGAACAGCCGAAGUCACCAUCAUUGGGAAGACAUGACGGCCAUUUAUCUAAUUUGUAUCCACCUAGACAAGUGCCAAGCCCCCUGCCCAGGCAAGGAAGUGAAAAUUCCAUGACAAGGCAAUCCUAUGAUAGAACGUCUCAAUCUCUUCCAUUCUCCGAUACACCAAGAUCGCCAUUGAUGGGGCGUCAUAACAGCAUUAAAGGAUCGUUGAACCAUCCACCGCAAUUCCCAGCCUCCCCAGUAUUAAAAAGACAAGGCAAUAGACAUAUGAUGCCCAGUGAUUUCAGUGAGGUCUCUUCUCAGUCUGUUCCAAUCUCAGAUCAAGCAAAAUUACCCAUGAUGGCAAGACACAACAGCAUGAAAGGGACUUUAAAUCGUGCACCACGACCCCCGAUUUCUCAAUUGGUAAACCAACAGGGGGGCAGCCGUUUCACACCCAGUGAAUUUAAUGAGCCACCUACACAAGCUCCUCCAUUCUCUGAUCCGCCAAGGUCACCUUUAAUGGGUAGACAUAAUAGUAUCAAAGGCACUUUAAACCGACUGCCACAACAUCCAGUUUCCCAAACUCUAAACAUGCACAGAAGUAGUUCGUUUAAAAACAGAGAUGCUAAUCGGGAUGCUCUGCAGUCUCCACUCCUGGGCCAAUAUAAUGGCUUAAGAGAGUCAUCAGAAAUGCCAGCACCAGCAAGUUCAGUUCCUGAGCCUAAAAAUCCUUUUUGGAAAAGGGUUGGUCAGCCUCUUGUAGGGAUGUCUCAAGGUCCUCCACCAUCACAACAGUUGUUAGGCAGACAAGAACGUCCCAUGGCUACCCAUCUUCCAGAAAAAGCAGCUUCAAAUACAUUUGUAAAGAAGUUUGGUCAAAUGGCAGGUAGUACGCAUAGGCCAAAAUCUCCUUCUUUGUCUUCUUCAUCACAAAAUAUAACACGUUCUCAAGAUAACUGGCAGUCUUCUCCCAAUCAAACACUCCAGCGGAAUCCCAUGCCCUAUGCAGGAAAUAUGAGCCAUCCAAGGUCACCCUCUCAGCCUGCACCAAAGUCUUUAGGUGGUUUCAUGGCAGAGUCAUUAAAUCAAGCAAGUCAUGAAUCUUCAAAAACAGGAUCCACUUUCCAUCUGGAAUUCCGGGGUUCCCCUACUUUAGCUGGUGCUAACAACUCGCACCCAAGGUAUCCUCCACGAAGAGAUCCAUUUAUGGGUUAUGGACCUCCAAAACAAUCACCAAUGAGUCAUGGACCUCCAAAACAUCCUUCAAUGGGCUAUGGACCUCCAAUACAACCGGCAAUGAGUUAUGGACCUCCAAGGCAACCAGCAGACUUCUACGAGGGUGACUAUGAAGAUCCUGUGGGAAGAUAUGCUGUAGUAAUGCCCCAAGUUCACAGGAUGGAAGCAUUCAGAGGACGAGGUAGUCCUCGGGGAAGCCUGAGAGGUAGCCUACGGGGUAGUGUACGAAAGCCACCCUGGCCAAGACAACAUGUGGGGAAUUUUCAAGAGAUGCAUGGUAUGAGGGCCCCUAACAAAGCAAUGUAUCCGCCAUGGACUGAAACACUAAGAAGGGGCUCGCGCAGGGCCAAGGAAAAGGUCGCUAGCUACCUUGCACAUGGAAGCAUGAGAUCUCAGGGAGGUUGGCAACAGAUGACUGGAAAAGGCCAUGGACCCCAAUUUGAUGACAAGAUGCAGCCCAUGCGGAGCUCGCAGUACACGGAACCAGGCCAAGAGCAGGAUGGGAACAUGGUCCAGGAUUUGACACAGCUGGAAGAUCUACAGGAAUUGUCAGUUCUUAACAACCUACGUAAGAGGUUUGAACGAGAUCUGAUCUAUACAUAUAUUGGUAGCAUCCUCAUCUCAUUAAACCCUUACAAGAUGUUGAAUAUUUAUGGGACCGACCAUGUGCUGCACUACGAAGGUAGAGCCUUGGGAGAAAAUCCUCCGCACCUUUUUGCUAUUGCAAAUGUCGCCUACACCAAACUAAUGGAUGCCAAACACAACCAGUGUAUUAUCAUUAGUGGUGAAAGUGGAUCUGGUAAAACAGAGGCCACAAAACUCGUCCUGCGUUACCUGGUAGCGGUUAACCAGAGGCGCGGUGUGACGAACCAGAUUCUAGAGGCCACACCUCUGCUGGAAUCUUUCGGAAAUGCCAAAACAGUCCGGAAUGAUAACUCCAGCCGGUUUGGAAAAUUUGUGGAGAUCUACAUGGAGGAGGGUAUAAUUUGUGGUGCCAUAACAUCCCAAUACCUGCUUGAAAAAUCCAGAAUUGUGUUUCAGGCCAAAAAUGAAAGGAAUUACCACAUUUUCUAUGAGAUGCUGGCAGGUCUCCCAGCUCAACAAAAGCAACUUUUUUACCUGCAGGAUGCUGAAACCUAUUACUACUUGAAUCAGGGAGGUAACUGUGAGAUACCAUCCAAAAGUGAUGCAGAAGAUUUCCGGAGGCUCCUCAACGCCAUGGAAUCCCUCAGCUUCAACGGAGAGGAUCAGGACAGCAUCUUCCGAGUUCUGUCUUCCAUCCUGCACUUGGGCAAUGUCUACUUUGAGAAAUAUGAGACUGAGUCUCAGGAAGUGGCUUCAGUAGUGAGUGCGAGUGAGAUCCGCGUGGUGUCAGAACUCCUCCAGAUAUCCCCUGAGGGGCUACAGAAAUCCAUCACCUACAAAGUGACGGAAACCCUGAGAGAGAAGAUCUACACUCCACUGUCGGUGGAUAGUGCUGUUGAUGCCAGAGAUGCUAUUGCCAAGAUUUUAUACUCCCUACUCUUCAGCUGGCUGACAGACAGAAUUAACAAGCUGGUAUAUCCCCGACAAGAUGCCCUGUCUAUCGCUAUACUGGAUAUAUAUGGCUUUGAGGACCUUAAUUUUAACAGCUUCGAGCAGCUGUGCAUUAAUUAUGCUAACGAAUAUCUGCAAUUCUUCUUCAACAAGAUUGUGUUCAGAGAGGAGCAGGAAGAGUACAUCCGAGAGCAGAUUGAUUGGAGAGAGAUCUCAUUUAACGAUAACCAAGCAUGCAUAGACAUUAUUUCCCAGAAGCCCUAUGGAAUCCUGAGAAUACUCGAUGACCAAAGCUGCUUCCCACAGGCCACUGACCACACAUUUCUCCAGAAAUGUCACUACCACCAUGGAACCAGCGAAUUGUACUGUAAACCAAAGAUGCCGUUACCUGAGUUCGGGAUCAAACACUUUGCUGGGAAAGUCACUUAUCAGGUGCACAAAUUUUUGGAUAAAAACUAUGAUCAAGUCAAACAAGACGUCCUGGAUCUUUUUGUGAAUAGUAAAAUUAAGGUAGUUGGCAACUUGUUCUUCAGCCAUGCGCAGGUGCUAGCGCAGCAGAAAACCAUGAUGGGAAAAAGCAGCACCACGACCAGAAAGUUUAAGGCACAGACAGUGGCAGCCAAGUUUCAGCAGUCCCUUCUGGAACUGGUGGAAAAAAUGGAGAGAUGCAACCCUUUCUUUGUUCGAUGCAUCAAACCCAAUAGCAAAAAGGAGCCUGAGAUGUUUGAGGCUGAUAUUGUGGUCAGUCAGCUGAAAUACUCCGGGAUCUUGGAGACCAUUCGCAUACGGAAGGAGGGGUUCCCUGUUCGGAUUCCAUUCCAUUUCUUCCUGAGCAGGUAUCGCUGUGUUAUGGACCUGGGACGUAAUAUCCAUGCAGACGGUCAGAUAUGUGUGACUUUGCUGAGAAAAUUGUGUCCAUCUGUAUCCCCCAAUAUGUACUGCAUUGGGGUCAGCAAGCUUUUCAUGAAGGAGAAUCUCUACCAGCAGCUGGAAAGUAAACGGGACCAACUGAUGAAUAAGGCAGCUGUGACUCUACAGCGCUACAGCCGCGGGUACCUCACCCGGAAACGUUACACAACAUUGCGAUACCGGAUCAUUAAUCUGCAGGCACUGGCACGAGGCUACUUGGCUAGGCGGAGGUUUCAGAACUAUCGGAAGAGUUUGCAGAGGUUGCGAGCUGUGGUCCGUAUGUACGUGAACCGGAGAAGAUAUCUGAGGAUGAAGGCUGAGAUCCGCAGGCAGGCUGAAGAGGAACGCAGGAAGGCCGAACAGGAACUGACUAAAAGGGAAGUGUUCAAUGUCACUCAUCUGGAGCUCCCAGCCGAACUGGCCGGACUCCUCCGCACAGCACCAGCUCAGAUAAACGUCUUGGUACAAUGUGUUGUAUCUACUUACCAGCCCAGGGUCCAGGUGGGCACUCAACUCAAUCUGCCCCUCGACAUCAACAACUACCCCAUGUUCAAAUAUGUACGGGUUUUCUUUAGGGAACCACUGUUUGGCAUGUUGACAAUGACUCUCGGAUCUUCUCUGCUUCCAGUGGAGGAUGAUUUAAAACCACAGGCUAUUACUGCCUUUAAACUGAUAUUGAGGUUCAUGGGUGACCCGUUCCUCAAUGAGAUCCAGGAAAUUGUCUUUGGAAAUUAUGUCAUCCAGAAGUGCUUGUCUAAUGUGGGUCUGAGAGAUGAGAUAUUGGCUCAAAUAGCCAAUCAGGUGUGGCGGAACACCAACCCCAACAAUGAAGAGCGUGGCUGGUACCUGUUAGCUUGUUGUCUCAGCAGCUUCGCACCAUCUCCAAACCUGGACAAAUAUCUUCUCAAAUAUGUAUCAGAUUUUGCUUACAAUGGAUAUAAGCCCGUAUGUCAACAUAAACUCAUUCUCGCAAUCCAAAAAUCCCAGCAGGGCUCGGAGACAGCAAGGACCUUCCCUCCAUGCUUACUAGAAUGGACUGCGAGCCGAGAGAGGGCCAACAUGGCUCUGGAUAUCUACUGCUUUGAUGGUACAAGUAUUCUGUGCCCUAUCCAUUCAUGGACUGAUGGAGAAGAGUUAGCAGGCGAUGUCCUCAGGCACAGAGGGGUGAUGGAGGGAUGGAGAGGCUGGUCGGUAUCUAUUAAAGAUGGCGGUCAGUGGUCAGAGCUGGCUGGUCAUGACUAUGUCCUAGAUUUGAUUUCGAAUGUGGAGCUUCCCAGAGAAUUCCCCAAGCAAAAGUCUUACUUCAUCACCUCUGAAGGUGUACGUGAGAGUACCGAGCAGCGGAGUGUAGUAUUUGGGAAUGGCCCCAAUGUGGAUGAAGAAGUACCACCUCCUCCAAUGAUGAAAGCCCCUUCCUUACCACCUCAGGGGGUUCAUGAUUCUGAGGGGUAUUACAGCCAUGAUUCAGACACACUUAGUGAACCUCCAUCACAGAAAGGCAUGGACCAUUAUCUGGACAGUCUGUUUGACCCUGUUUUGUCUUAUGGGAAUGGGGAUCUGGAAAAGCUGACGGCAAUGUCCCAGAAGAUGAAGGGUGGAGGGGGAGUUGGAGGGAGGGAUGGGGCUGAGGUUCCAGGGGAGUCCAGUAUGCAAGCAGAAGGAUCCCACCAUACAGGUAUGGAUCCAAGUUUAUAUGCUCAACAGCAAGCUUAUAUCAACCAGCAAGCCAUGAUACUGGCGCAGCAGAUGACCUUGCAGGCCAUGGCCAUCCAACAACAAAUGGUUAACAACUCUACUGCGGAGCCACCAGUUGCCACAGGACCCAAGCCGAGCAUUAGUUCUCCCUCCAGCCGGGGUAGUUCAUAUAGGGUGACCCCAACAGUGGCUCCAAUGCCAAGGACUGGGGUACCAACCCAGAAGAAUGUUGUAAAUGGAUCACCUCCCUACAGGACUCAUACCUCCCCCUCCAGAGAAGGUUCAUUCCGCCAAAUGCCAGGUCCUUCUAACCGUCCACGGCCAGAAGAACUCAUUCAUCAUACCACUCUGAACUCUGAGCAUUUUCCUGAACCCACACACAACAUCAAGGACAUCAUUAAUCAGUACAAGCAGCCAGAAGCAGUACGGCCUGUACCUCAACCUGUAAGGAAAGAGCCUACACGACCAUUGGGGCGGAAACUGGACCCCCAUGAAGAAGCAAUGAAAAUACUGAAAGGGCAGAUGGCCAGCCGACCAAUGAAAGGUCCAUCACCGGUUUCUAAUAUGUCCUAUGUCCCAAAGCCUCCCAGAGAGUCGGUGGCUAUGGUAAAACCUGUUCCCAGCAUCAAGAAUAAGAAACCUGCCAGUCUACCACCUGUCAGUCAUGUCAGGCCAACCACAGCUCCUCCAGUGUCAGUGUCACGGGAAUUGUCGGAAGAUCAGGAGAACAUCCAGACUCAGCUUCACCGGCAGUACAGCGAGGAGUAUUACACCUACAGCAAUGUGCCCUGGAGGAUCUACAUCCGGAAAGAGGUGUUCUAUCCCAGAGACAGCUUCAACAAUCCUCUCAUCCUGGAUCUGGUCUUUAAGCAGGUGGUCAAUGACACCCUGUCCGAGAGCUGCGUCAGAAUCACCAAGGAGGAGAGACAGAAAAUGAGAUCUCUGCUGGCUGAAUAUAGGCUGGACUCCAUUAAUGCUAUCACUGAUGAUUCUGUGAAAAAGAAGGUAGUGACGGCUGCCCGCGAGGAAUGGGAAGUGUAUUUCUCAAGACUCUUCCCAGCGGCGGGAAGUGUUGGCACUGGAGUGCAGAUUCUUGGUGUUUCUCAUAAUGGUAUAAAGCUCCUGAAGAUGCUGAAGAGUGGUGGCAAUACACCCGAGCAACUGAGGGUCCUCCGGAGCUACAGCUACACGGACAUCAUGUUUGUCACGGUGCUAUCUAAGAACAUGCUGGAGUUCAACCUGACCAAUGAGAAGCUUAUUCUCUUCUCCUCGAGGUCCAGCCAGGUGAAAAGUAUGAUAGACAGUUUUCUCAUGGAGCUGAAGAAGGAUUCCAAUUAUGUGGUCGCGGUGCAGAAUUAUGUGACGGAAGACAAGAGUUUCCUGAGUUUCCAUAAAGGAGAUAUCAUCCGUUUGCAGCCUCUAGAUGGACUACAAAAAGGCCAAAACUAUGGCUGUGUGGUAAGGAAGAAAGUCGUAUAUCUGGAGGAGCUGAAACGCGGCAUUCAAGAUUUUGGCUGGAAGUUUGGAGCCCUCCAUGGGCGGUCAGCUUUGUUCCCAGGAGAGUGCGUGCAACCAGUCGCAGCUCCGGAUUUUGUAAAUCUACCAGCCGACAGGAAGGGGGAGCCACAGAACAGGCAGAGCCGAGCAGCAGCAUCGGCAGCGGUGGCCGUAGCUGUUGCAUCAACAGCUGUGGCUCAUGAAUUUGACAGAAAAACAGAUGGUUCGCCCACUCCCAGUGAAUAUGCAGAAAGCUUGGAUGAAUACACUGACCCAUCUACCUCUGAGAUUGUGCUACAGGGCAGUCCGUACAACAUGGUGGAGUUUGCCAAGAAGUACUUCCGAGAAGGCCAGAGGCUGAUGGCCCUAGAAGAGCAGGAGAAGAGAGCUCCAGGAGAUUCCUCCAAACCAGGCUCGAAGAAAAGCAGGGAGUCCAGAGAUCCUGCUGAAUUACUGAAAUUUACCAAGAACCCCAUACAAGAAUCUCUCAUUGAAUUCAGUGACAGCAGCAUGAACAGAAUUGCCUCUGAACUCUUCCUAGCUGUGAUGAGGUUCAUGGGGGACGCUCCCCUGAAGGGUCAGUCCGAGCUGGAUGUGGUCACCGCCGUGUUAAGGAUAUGUGGGGAACAUGAAGUGCUGAAAGAUGAGAGCUACUGUCAAAUCAUAAAGCAGAUCACAGACAACUCCAGCACUAAGACGGACAGCUGCCAGAGAGGCUGGAGGCUUCUAUACAUCCUUUCAGCUUAUCACAGAUGUUCAGAGGUCUUAAAACCGUACCUGUUCAAGUAUCUGCAGGACACGUGCCGAAGCCCUGGGCUGCACUUUCAAGGGAUAGCAAAAGCCUGUGAGCAGAACCUACGCAAAACUUUGCUGUAUGGAGGGCGGUGUGAAUUCCCCAGUACCAUGGAACUGAAAGCCAUGGUGGCUGGGAGAAGUUCCAAAAGACAGCUGUUCCUCUUACCUGGAGGAAUUGAGCGACAUCUCAAGAUAAAAACCUGCUCGGUGGCCUUUGAUGUCAUUGAAGAGAUCUGCACUGAGAUGGGAGUGCACAGAGAUGAGGCCUACCACGAAUAUGCCAUCUUUGCUGUUACCAACCGGGGUCAGAAUGUGAGACCUCUAAAUAGGAAGGAAUACAUCCUGGAUGUCUCAGCUGAAAUGGAGCAGACUGAUAGCAACUACAUGUUCUGGUUCAGAAGAAUCAUCUGGGCUCAGCCACUAAAGUUUGAGAAUGAGCUGUAUGUGACCAUGCAUUAUAACCAGGUCUUACCGGAUUACUUGAAGGGUUUGUUUAAUGUCUUUACUCAUUCUAAGCCCACCGAGCAACAGUUCCAGCAAAUUUCAAGACUGGCGGCCUUACAACAUCGCGCUAAAGAUAGUGUUUACCUGCCUACCGCGCGUGAGGUCCAGGAUUAUAUCCCCAACCAGUUCUAUAAGUCGGUGAAGCCUCAGUCAUGGUUGAACAUGGUGAUGCAGCACAUGCAGCAGAUUCAGCCUUUGAGUCCUCACCAGGGAAGAGCUCAGUUCCUAGGUCUGGUCAGUGCCUUCCCCAUGUUUGGUUCUGCUUUCUUUUACAUCCAGAGUUGUAGUAACAACAUGGUCAUCUCUCCAUGUAUCCUGGCUAUCAAUCAGAAUGGGCUGAAUUUCCUGAACAAAGAAACCCAUGAGUUGAUGGUGACAUUCCCUCUGAAGGACAUCCAGAGCACCAGAACUCAACGUCCAGCACCGGGAUUCAGUUAUCCUUAUGUGGAUAUACUGCUUGGUGACAUGACAUCACAACGGAUAACACAACUACAGCUGGAACAGGGCCUAGAGCUGUGCAGAGUGGUUGCUGUCCAUGUCGAGAACCUACUACAAAGUCGUGACAAACGCCUGACCCUCCCUCCCAGCGAGAUCACGCUGCUAUAACCGCUGCUGCCGCUAGAGAAGACGUCACUUCAGUUAUUCCACACAAACUCCUAAUAUUACUCCUAUAGAACCCUUAUCAAUGCUAAUUAAUAUUUGCAUCUAAACUGACCAGGUAACAUAAUCCCAAAGGAGAUUCUGAAAACAAAAUCCAGUUUGGAGGGUCCAUAGGGUUAUCAUUGUCAUUCACAUGUGAAAGAAUUUUACAAAAUUGGACCCGUGGCCACUCCUACUCCUUAGCUGGUCAA